AGACAAUCUGACACAAAACGAAGCAUGAAUAAAUUAUAAUUGAAUCGUCCAGACCUGUGAAUUGUGUAAAUAUGUAUGAGUCCCACAACGGCGAAGGCCUUGCUCAUAAAUUAUUAAUUAUGUUAUGUGACGUUCUUCGAGCAGGUCCUACCUGAUUUGCUGAGAGCCAGUUGAGUGAGCGUAGGAAAACUAGCGGAAGCCUAGACUAAUUAAUAUUAAUUAUUUUGCUCAAUGACUGGCAUUUGCCUUAUGAAUAUUAAUUAGGCUGUGUCACUGGACGAUCCAGGAAAGUGAACAGGACGAAAUUAAUAUUCAUCAUAUCAAGCCAUAUACGCCAGUCCGCGAACAAAUCAACUGCACUCGUCUGCAAACUGAUUAUAUGUUUUCACCAGAAAGCGACUGAUGACUACAAAGCUAUAAAUGAUUAUACCUUAUAAUCAGAAAUGUGUCGUUGACCUUUCGUGUAAACCACACCCAGAACGACAGUUUUAACAGGUGAGGUCAGGUAGACUCCUGUCACUAAACCGUGCUACUCGACAGCAGGACAAACUGGAUGUCAUGGCUGUGCCUUUACCGAAUGACAGCAGCAAUGCAGCGUUCGACUGGUUCAAUGAAUUCCAGCGCAGCUGCAUUUUGAAGAAUGGGAUUGUUCCAGAAUGGUUCCAUGGAAUCAUAUCCAGAAAGGCUGCGGAGGACAUGCUGAUGUGCAAACCUCCCGGUUACUUCCUCAUUCGUGUUGGUGAGAGCAGGGUGGGUUAUACAUUAUCUUAUCGAGCUGAAGAUCGCUGCAGACACUUCAUGAUUGACGUCUUGCAUGAUAACCAGUAUAUUAUAGUGGGAGAAAACACACCCUUCUCUUCCCUCCAUGACUUGGUGGCCUUUCAUCGCAGAAGCCCCAUUCUCCCCUACAAUGACUUGCUCACUGUGGCCUGCGAACAGGGUGAUAAAAAUAACUACGCUGAGCUGUUGUUUCCUCAAAAGAAAGAUAAAAACCCUGGACAGGUUGAAUGGAUGAAAUGUUCAACUCCAACACAUACUGCUCAUUCAAAUAUUUCUGAACACAACCCAACUCCGCCGGCCCAAAAUGAAUCAUUUAUGCAACCUACAAGUCUUUCUGCGAGACUGUAUCCCAGCUUGGAGACAGAAAUGAGCUCUUUGAAUCUACAGAGCACGAAUCAGCCCACAAAGCCCAUUCCAAAGCCUAGGACAAUAUUCAAAUCCAAAACACCAACUGACGACACGCCACCACAGUUGCCUCCCAGAUCAUGCUUGCCAAAUCGCCCGCAAGCCACCGCAGAUGCUGACAGAUCCCAAGGGAUGAUGCCGAUAAGCUCCGAUAGACAUCAUAUCCCACCCGACGCACCCGUCGAAGGCCGUUCCCAACAGAAAAACCAUCAACCAUUGAAUCCGGUGGUCAUGGGCCUGGCGCAAAUCAAGAAAAAGCUUAAAAAGAGCCGCUCCAAGGAGAACAUGUAUGAGGAGAUUGUUCAAGAUCAAGAAAAUGCUACUUUUUCUGCUUUGGAGAGUAGUAACGUGAACCCUGAGCAACUGGAGGAAAAUGACUAUCAGGAAAUACUUGAAAAAUCCACAGUUGAAGGCCGUCGGGCAUCUGAUGGGAUUCCCAACUCCGCAGAUAGACAGUUACCUUUGGAGUACUUGAAUCCACCUCCUUUUGCACCUGGUUACUAGAUAAAAACAUCACGUGUGGUUUUACCCAGAGCAUUUGUUUUAUUGUCACUGAAUAAUGUGAAAUCUAUCUCUUUGUUGUGAUGUUCUGUUUUAUUAUGCUACAUUUACAUUUCUGACUCCACACAUGCUGAACAGAGGUUUGUAACCUGGAAAAACCUGCUGGACAUGGUAAUAUAUUAAUAUAAUGAAAACAGAGCAUGUUGUGCCUGUGGGCAUGAAUUUGAAUAUAUUUCUGGAUUAUACUUCCUAAAAUCUGGCACUUUACAUAUCAGGAAAAAAAAAACAUUGUAAAUAUCAGCUUUUUAUUGCAGUUGGUCAAUAAAUGUACAGGUGAUACAAUAAUUAACAUGUUGUUUCUUCCAUGUACCUUGGAAUAUCAUGUAAAUUGUGUGGUGCAUGAUUCUGUUCAUCAUUUUGCAGGUUGAAGCUGGUUUGUCAUGAGAUAACUGGUCUUCCAGGCUGGUCUUCAGUUGGAUUAGCUGGUAAAAAAGCGACGAAAACCCCUUUGAUACAAUUAAAUUAGAUCUAAGACAAGUAUUUGCUGUUUGUAGUCAAGUCGAGGUUUAUUGUAAUUCCGCUAAAUGUGUGGACAUACAUUGCAACGGACACAGGACCACAGUGCUACAUACGUAAACAUAAACAUACAACAUUAGACUUAAGAAACUUUUUUUUUAAAACCUGUACAAAGCUAACUUACUGAAAGCAGUAAUAUAACUAUUAUCAAUAAUUGAAUAUACAUACACAAGUAUUGAGACAGACUAUAUAAAUUUACACAAUGACUGUACAUGCAAAAGAGUUAUUUAAGCGUAUGAAGAAAAUAGUACAAUGUGAUUUGUGGUGCAUUCGCAAGUAAACGUUAUGCUGAUGAAGUCCUUGUUAUGAAAUAUUUAUAAAAAUCUGGUGCAUAUAGAGAUAGCAAAAUAUUGUGUUAGGUGGUUUGUCCAGCCAAUACACCUGUGUGAUCCUGUGAAACCUGUGUAUAUUAAAUUU